CGAACCUGUCAAAUCACUAUUGUUUUCUUCCACAUUUUUGCUGAUUUUUGUUUUCGCCGCUGAUCCUGAACCAGAAACGGUUCAAAUAUUUUUACUAAAAAACAAUGGACACCUCCGAGGCGAGCGCAGUGGCCGACCUUUUGGAGCUAUUGCCGCUAAUCGCCGAAGUAAAUCGUAACAUUUUGCUGUACGAUGACUUGUGCACGGCUCUGAAUGGUUUACUGGAACACUGGCACCAAGUUGACGACGUCAGAGAAUGGAAGUUCGCGGAAGUCGAGGCCUCCGUUGAAUUGUGCCAGGAUCAAUGCCGCACAACGAAGGAAGUUUACGACACCUAUGUCAGCAAGGUGAUCAUUUUCGCCGGCAAACACGGCAGUCAAAAUUGGGAAAUUUUGCUUAAGCAGACCGAAAAAACGAGUGAAGGGAUAAUCAAAAUGUGUGAGCGGAUGGAAGAGAUCAAGGAGGAGAUCAACGAGAUCGGCGAGCGGGUUGCAGCUUUUGGUGCGGUUGUUUUUGAACACGGAGAAGACUUCGAGGUCGAGACAUGGUCCGAUGACGAAGAUUAUGAGGCUGAAAGGGACCAACCGAAGCGCCAACGGGGACAGUAGGAGAAUGGUGGUGCUGAUGUUUUUUUAAACUCAUUUGAAACAAAGUACAAUACAAGCUGUGACAGUUGUUAGUUUUAUCCCUACAUUUAUCAGAAUAAAAGGAAAAUAAAUCAA